AUGGAUAAUUUCCUCGACUCGGACGACUUUCAGACACCGCUCAGUAGUCCCAGAUCAUGCAUAUCGACACCCCCUACCUCUCCACCCAGUGCUGGCAGCUCAAAUCCUCUAUCAGCUCGAUAUCUGGAACGAGAAUCGUCUCCGCUGCUGUCGUACACCGCGCGGUUCCAAAACCUUCUAGUCGGACUCCCAUUUCGUGUCAAAAAGAGCACCUUCACUGCCAAAAGUACACCCACAAGUGUCAUCGAUGACAUCAAAAGUCGUCGAAAUAACUUCCUUCGAGCAAAGAGAGACCUCAUCCUUCCCCUCCUAGACAGGGUUCCCGACGUGCUGAGCGAUUCUGAAUAUCAUGGGCAACCAACUAUCGAGCAGCAGCAACAACUGACAUCUCAGCCGGGAGGGUUGCGGGCAACCCUGAAACCAUACCAGCUCGACGGCCUUUCGUUCCUCAUGUACCUUCGACGAAACGGAAUGGGUGGCAUUCUAGGCGACGAGAUGGGGCUUGGCAAAACUUUGCAGACAUUGACGCUCUUUGAACAUGUCACGGAGAGUGAACGAUCCUCUUGUAUCAAUCCUGCACCAUUUCUGGUUGUUUGCCCUCUGAGCGUCUUGGACACUUGGAUCACCGAAAUCACAAAGUGGACUCCGAACCUCACUCCCGUCAAGUUUCAUGGAACUCGCGAUCAAAGAGCAAUGGUAAAGAAGCUCUUUUCGAAGAAGCAAGGCAAGGAGGGCUGCUUCAAAGAGGAUGUCAGAAGCACAGUGCUGAUCACCUGCUACGAGACGUUGAUGGCGGACAUCCUCUGGUUCCGAAAGGUGGCAAUCUGGAAGUAUGUUGUACUCGACGAAGGCCAUCGGAUCAAGGACAGUAACUCCAAGCGGGCACAGGCUAUGGGCAAGCUUCGUGCUGAAUAUAAGCUCAUACUCACAGGUACUCCGAUUCAAAACAACUUGGGCGAAGUGUGGUCGCUGUUGCACUGGCUUUUCCCCGAAGUUUUCACACCGUCGUCGGCUAAGCUGUUCAAGGACGCAUUUUCGCUGAACGAAGGCAAAUUCGAUGCUGGAUUCUCGAAUCAUAUCAAGAGAUUUCUCAACCUCAUCAUGUUGCGACGUCUAAAGGACUCUCCGCAGGUCGGAAUCAAUCUGCCACCCAAGCAGGUUGUUACACUCGCUGUGCCGCUUUCAAAGCUACAACACUCUUUGUAUAUGAAUGUGCUGACAGGACUAGACGAAGCACUCGGUGAAGUCUCGCAGCCGUCGUCGAUGUUGGAGACAGACAAAGAAGGCUGGCCUAUCGACAGGCCAAACAUCGACCCUAAUAAGCCAGCCGCCAAACGCAAAUGGAAGAUUUCGGAUAACGUUCUCAUGGAACUGCGAAAGUGCUCCAUCCAUCCUUGGCUAUUGAAUAACGGCCCAGAAAGUUCAAAUGAUUCUGCUAGCUCCCUUCUCUCGUGCUCAGGAAAGCUUCUUGCGUUGAGCAAGUUGGUUCAUCACUUCAUCUUCACCGAAAAGAAGAAGGUCGUCAUCUUUUCAUGUUUCGUCAAGGCUCUUGAUCUUUGCGAGGAGCUCUUGGGAAUCCUGCAGAGACGCGGUUUCUUCGAAUAUGUCAGGCUUGACGGGAGCACUUCUCGAGCUUGGCGCAGGCUCUGCGUCCAUCUCUUCAACAACCUUCCCCAGUUCAUGGUCUUCCUUGUAUCAAUCCGGGCCGGCGGCGAGGGGCUUAACAUGGUCGGAUCUUCGGUGGUCAUCUUUUUAGACGAAGAUUGGAAUCCGCAAGUGAUGAGACAGGCUGAAUCUCGCGUGCACCGUAUAGGCCAAAAGCAGCCGGUAAGGAUCUUCAGGCUUAUCUCCAAAGGUACCUUGGAAGAGCAGAUGAGCCGCCGCCUGCUCAAGAAGUCAUAUCUUUUAUCAAAGAUCAUUGAAGAGGAGCGCAUAUUCGAAGCUGGAAACGGUUAUGACUAUACCCUGACCGGAAUUGACGAGACGCCUCCGAUGCGCCUCAUUGCCUGCGAAGGUCUUCAAGAGAAUAGCUUGGCAGAUAUGAGGUCCUGGAGUUUUGAAUCACUUCUUGACAGAUGCACCAUUAACUCGAACACGGGCAAGGACCUCGCGAACACCUCUUCCUGGUGGGAAGUGUCGGAGCGGGUGCGCACGAAUAUCUUUAAUGGGCAGAAGGUUGAGAAACUGUCUAGGUCGCAGGCAUUUCCAGACGAUGCGCCCUAUUUCGCCCGUGCAGAACGUCGAAUCGGCAAAGGGCGGGUUAUUACCAUUGAGGGUUUCGACGUCACGAAGGAGAAUCUACGCAUGCAUGUCACUUCUCCAACGACACCAAAAUCACCAGGAAUGGGAACGUUGAAGUCCAUGACAAACGAGAUCACAUGUGGGAUCUGUAAGAGGUUCGAACCUCUGGAUUGUCAGACCUGUCCUCGAGCAUAUCACUGGGAAUGUCUGCCGGAUUCCAUGAAGUCGCACACGAACGAGGCCCGUUUCAGUUGCCCCCAUCAUGUUUGCUCGGGUUGCGAGAGAAGGGCAUCUGAGGCCGGUGGGCUCUUGUUCUGUUGUGCGAGGUGUCCGCUCGCAUUCUGCGAAGAUUGUCUCGAUUGGGGGAAAACCGAGUUUAUUGGAAGGAACUUUGCCCUGGAAAACCUUGGAUACCACCCACACUCCUAUUUCUACAUUCACUGCCCCAGCUGUAUUGGCGGUCGCAAGCGAUCCGGCGAUGAGUUCGAUGGCAUGAUUUCAAAGCGCUUGAAAUGGGGGGAAUGA